CAGUCCAACGCCCACAGACCUCCGACAUGGCCCUCAAGCUUUUCAUCGUGUCCGCCCUCGUGGCCGCCGCCUUCGCUGACCAGAGGCCCUACAGGCCACCCACCCCCCAGCCCACCUACGGUAGCCCCAAGCCCACCUACGGCGCCCCCGCCCCGUCCUACAGCCAGCCCCAGCAGACGUCAAGCCCCCAGUACCAGUUUGACUGGGCCGUCAACGACGCGCCCUCCGGCAACGACUACGGCCACCAGGAGUCCCGAGACGGCUACGACACCCAGGGCUCCUACUACGUGCAGCUGCCCGACGGCCGCCUCCAGCGCGUCGACUACACCGUCAACGGCGACUCCGGCUACGUGGCGCAGGUCACCUACCAGGGCGAGGCUCAGUACCCCCAGCAGGGAUACGGCUCCCCAAGACCCUCCUACGGCCACCCCGCCCCCACCUAUGGCACCCCCACCCCCACCUACGGCCCCCCCGCCCCCACCUACGGCACCCCCACCCCUGCCUACGGGUAAUGCCGCCCACGCCUGACGAUGCCCGCGUCCUUCCAUCCA